GAGCUUUUCCAGGCUGAAGCUGAAGCGUUGGGAAGAAAACACAAAAUGUCUCCUGAAUCCAAAAAACUUUUCAACAUAAUUAUUUUGGGACUCUCAUUUAUGUUUCUAUUCACUGCUUUCCAAACAUGUGGAAAUAUUGCGCAAACUGUUAUCACAAAUUUAAACAACACGGAUUUUCAUGGCAGUGGCUACACAAGCAUGUCCAUUAUUUAUGGAGUAUUCUCUGCAUCAAAUCUUAUAUCACCUUCAGUAGUUGCGAUAGCAGGACCUCAAUUCUCCAUGGUUAUUAGUGGCAUAUUUUAUAGCCUGUACAUUGCAGUUUUUAUCCAACCCACUACAUGGGCUUUCUACACUGCUUCUGUAUUUAUUGGCAUUGCAGCUGCUGUACUCUGGACGGCACAGGGAAAUUGCUUGACUAUAAAUUCUGAUGAAAACACCAUUGGAAGGAACAGUGGAGUAUUUUGGGCACUCUUGCAGUCCAGCUUGUUUUUUGGAAACCUCUAUAUAUACUUCACUUGGCAAGGAAAAACUCACAUAUCAGAGAGUGAUCGCAGAACUGUCUUCAUUGCUCUGACUGUUAUCAGUCUUGUGGGCACAGUUCUGUUCUUUCUGAUUAGGAAACAAGAGGACACAAAAGCUCCAGGGGAGGAAGAUUCUGCUAGUGAAAUCCUGGAGGACGGCUCGUCUGCACAAAACAAAAUGAUGAGAGCGGUGGCUGCCUUCAAGCAAUCUAUAAAGCUGAGCUUCACCAAACAAAUGAUGCUUCUCAGUGUUACAACAGCCUACACAGGUUUGGUAUUAACAUUCUUUUCUGGAGUAUACGGAACAUGUAUUGGUGCUGUGAAUAGGUUUGGCAGUGAAGAGAAAAGCCUUAUUGGUCUUUCUGGUAUUUUUAUUGGUGUUGGAGAAAUUUUAGGUGGAGGAAUCUUUGGUUUACUGAGCAAGAAUAAUCGCUUUGGCAGGAACCCUAUUGUGAUGCUAGGCAUCGUUGUCCAUUUCAUAGCCUUCUAUUUAAUUUUUUUCAACAUGCCAAAUGAUGCCCCUAUUGCUCCUAUGGAAGGAACAGAUGAUGUUGCUUAUAUGAUGCCAAGCAAAGAGGUGGCCAUAUUCUGCAGCUUUCUGUUGGGCCUGGGGGACAGCUGCUUUAAUACCCAGCUCCUCAGUAUUUUAGGAUUCCUGUACUCAGAAGACAGCGCUCCUGCCUUUGCCAUCUUUAAGUUUGUUCAGUCCAUCUGUGCUGCAGUUGCAUAUUUCUACAGCAACUACUUCCUUCUGCAGUGGCAACUCCUGAUCAUGGUGGUUGUGGGCUUCUUUGGAACAAUUACCUUCUUUACAGUGGAGUGGGAGGCUGCAGCAGCUCUUGUUGCCCGCGGCUCGGACUACAGCAGCAUUUGAUCUAGAUACC